AUGUCGUCAAAGCGUCAGCGCUUGGCGGUGGAGAUGGCGACUGCAGACCGGGCGGCGCUGCCGGCAGUGUGUUACCUGCCAAGCAUAACGGGAGCCGGCGGUGCUGCAUCUCCAUCAGAGGAACCGAUAUCCCUUACAAAACGGCUAAAGUUCAAUUUACACGCCAAGCAACGUCUCGGCUCAAGCAUCCAGCUGGCCCACGCAUCGCUUGGCGACAUAGAGUUUGUCGGGAGAAGCGAUGGGGAAGAAAACAAAGGAAUGCAACAUUGCUGCUACGCUCUUGCCGCUUACCGUCCGGGCGACAAAAAGCUGCAGCUAAUGCAUGUGGCAGGGGAUCACCUCUUUCGACUCGAUACGAGGCUGCAGGGCCUGAUAUACGCGCCUACGGGUGCGGGUGCGGAUGAGGGCGAAGGGGCGCGAGAGAGGCGGAGGGCGGCGGCUCGCAAGCUUGUGGAUGAGUUCGGUUCCACUCGCCGUCGCCGCCAGAUGACGGCUCGUGAGGCUGGUGUGGUGGUGGCGGACAAGAUCAGCGGGGGGGACGCGGUGCAGGAGCUGCUGGGGAAUGUGGCCGCCCGGGGGCAGGAGGGCGGCAUGACUAAGGAGGAGGUUUUCCGCAAGGCCUUUGCGCAGCGCACCGUCCCCCCGCACAACCCCGCCGCCACCAACGCCGCGGACGCCUACCCCCUGAACCUGCUACUGGGCAGGCCCGGCGGCGAGGCGGCGGCGGCGGAGGACGGGGCCUCCCUGGUGGGCGACCUCCACGUCUCGCAAAUACACCAGUUGGCAGAGGACGAGGAGGAGCUGGAUAAGGCCCGCGCGAAGGAGCUGGUAGGCGGUGGGGAGGUGCAAGCCUGGGGCAGGGUUCUGGUGCACCCCUACGUGCUCAGCCGACUGGGAGCCCUGCGGGCCCUCAAGAACCAGGACACGGCGGACUGCCAGGCGCGAGCUCGCCACCGGGCCAGGUACCUGGCCUUGCUGGCGGCGCUGCUGCGACUGCUGUCUCGGCCCGUGCUCAGCGUCAAGGGCGAGGGCAUCAUGGGGUUGUCUCGGGAGCUAAGACUUCGCGAGUCGCUUACAGAGUUCGUUUUGGAGAGGUUCUACGUACGGACGCAGGAUGUGCUACGAGGUGUGCGGUACGAGCGACCCGACGCGCAAAAGCAGUUGCUGUUGUCGUACAUUCUCGCGGUGGCCGUUGUGGCGGAGGACGGCUUCCUGGACAAGCCGCAGUUUGAGGACCUCCGAGAGGCGCUGAAGCUGGAUGCCGCCAAGUUGGCUGCUGCCCUUCAGGAGCUGGGCUGUGUAACCCGGAGCGUCAAGCUGGUGGUUGAACGUGACAACAUUCCGCGGGAGAUCUCCACGUACACGGCUUCUCUUCUCCGACAGGGCCUGCAGGGCGGUAUCGCCAAGACGCUGGAGGAGAGCUUCCCGGUCAUUAAGACCGCACGGGGCAAGGGCAAGGGCGGGAAAUGA